AUGUGGAAUCGGAUCGUUUUUUGUUGUUUCUUUUUUGUGUUAGUGUGUGCUCAAACCGGAGAUGAUAAUGACAAAUGUUUGGAGAUAGACUGCGUUGGAGAAGGAUAUGAAUGUAUCGAUGGCACGUGCUAUUGUGCCAAGGGUUAUAUACCAAACCACUUCCAGGACAAAUGUAUGAGAUGUCCAGGAUUAGGAGAGACAUGUAUGGGCCCGUGUUGUAACAUAUACGGGAACGGAACUCUGUCGUGUUGGCAGGGAGUGUGCCAACCAUGCUACGAUGACUUCGGUAAAUGGACUUGCAGGGAAUCCCUAGAACAAAUUCUUCUGAUUUCCAGCACCCAGGUGAUAAUGGGCGCGGCGCUCAUCCUGGGGAUCAUAGCCACGUUCAUACUCCUCUACAAACUAUGUGCUACUACAGAUAUAAGGCCCUUCGGAGCAGGAUCUAACAGUGACGGUCGACUGUCAAUUGGAAGUCUACAGUUAUACGUCGACGAACGAUUACGAGACGCUCCUCCAAGAUAUUCUCGGACACCGGCAGCAGGGUCAGCCACAUAUCCUGCCAUAGCAUUUCUCAAUGCUGGAUUUAUACACGACAGCAGCAUUCCGCCUCCGCCAUACACGCCAGAAAACAAAACAGAAGACAAUCACAAUACAGUCAAUCACAUUUGA